AUGGCUAGAUGGUACAACCAAUUAAGUCGGGCCAACAUUCAUUCAUGGAAGGAUUUGGUGCAAGCCUUUAUGAAACAGUAUAGACACGUGAUGGAUAUAGCACCCGAUCGAAUUGUAUUGCAAAACAUAGAAAAGAAGCCUAAUGAGAGUUUCCGGCAAUAUGCUCAGAGAUGGAGGGAAGUGAUUGCGCAAGUUCAACCACCACUUUUAGAGAAAGAGAUAACUAUGCUUUUUAUCAAUACUCUAAAGGCUCCAUUUCUCAGUCACAUGUUGGGCAGUGCCACUAAAAGCUUUUCAGACAUAGUGAUGUCUGGAGAAAUGAUAGAGAAUGCCAUAAGAUGCGGCAAGAUAGAAGCGGGAGAAAGUACUAAAAGGUCAGCACCAAGAAAAAAAGAGCAUGAGAUAAACAAUGCAAGUAUGUUUAACAGGGACCAUUCUAAAUCAAUCACCGUGGGGCAGGCCAGAGCAGUAACCGCUAAUCAGCAAGGUUCUUCGAAACAGGAAUCUAAUCAAAGGUCAAACGUAAAGAGACCUCAAUUCACACCCAUCCCAGUGACGUAUAGGGAAUUGUACCAGAACUUAUUCGAUGUACAUGUGGUAUCUCCAUUUUACCUGAAACCAAUGCAACCUCCAUACCCUAAGUGGUAUGACGCAAACGCCCAAUGCGAGUAUCACGCGGGGACUAAGGGGCACUCGAUUGAGAAUUGCACUGUAUUCAAGAAGUUAGUUGAAAAACUUAUCAAUUUGGGGAUCGUAAAGAUUGGUGACUCAUCAGGACCGAAUGUAGCAGAGAAUCUGUUGCCCAACCAUGAUAAUAAAGGGGUGAAUGCGAUAAUUGAGUAUGGAGGAAGGAGAGUCAAAGCCAACAUAGCAGAGAUAAAGACCCCCCUUGAAUGGGUUUGGAAACAAAUGAUGAAAAGAGGUCUCAUCAAGCAAGGUUCAAUAAAAAGGUCUGAAGGAGCAAGGAAGUUUUGUGAGUUCCAUGCAGAAGAAAACCAUGACAUCCAAGAAUGCACCGAGUUCAGAACCAUGGUGCAAAACUUAAUGGAUAAUAAAGAGUUGGAGUUUUAUGAAGAGAUUAAGGGACUAGAAGAAGGAGAGGUUUAUGCUGCAGAAGAAGGAUCUACGGGGAAAGCCCAAAAGGCUAAUCACCCGGUGGUGAUUAUUUCAAAACCAAUGAGCAGAGAAUCUGAAAUACAAAUAGCACAAUCGGUCAUAAUCCAAAAACCUGUAUCCUUUCCCUACAAGGAUAGCAAAAAGGUUCCUUGGAAUUACGACUGCAAUAUAACAAUCCCAGGAGAAGAGAGCUUGGUCAAUGCUUCAGGAGAGGAUGAAGGAUUCUAUACACGAAGUGGAAAACGCUAUGAUUCGGCAAACGCAAGAGUGGAAUCUGGGAAAGGAAAAGCCUUAGCGUUUGAAUUGGGAAAAGCAAAAGCAGACAAAAUUGAGCCGCGUGUCAAUCAGCCGGUAACUGAAAAUGAGGCUAAAGAAUUUCUAAAAUUCUUAAAACAUAGCGAGUACAGCGUGGUAGAACAAUUACAUAAGCAAUCGGCUCGUAUCUCGGUGCUUGAAUUGCUUCUAAGUUCAGAGGUACAUCGUAAUACGUUGAUUAAGGUGCUAAAUAAAACUUAUGUCACUAGCGAUAUCUCAGUGAAUAAGUUGGACCGUUUGGUUAACAAUAUCAGUGCCGACAAUUUCAUUUUCUUUAAUGAGGAUGAAAUACUGCCGGGGGGAAGAGGAGCCACCAAAGCAUUACAUAUCACUGCCCGCUGCGGGGAGUAUACAUUAGCGGGAGUGCUAAUUGAUAAUGGAUCAGCCUUGAAUGUUUUACCCCUAUCUACCUUAAAUAGGUUACCGGUGGAUAGUUCCCACAUGAAAUCAGGCCAGAAUAUAGUGAGAGCAUUUGAUGGUACUAAAAGGAAGGUGAUGGGAAGAAUAGAAAUACCCCUCUUGAUUGGCCCGAAUACAUACGAAGUGGAUUUCUUAGUGAUGGAUAUCAAGCCUUCAUAUAAUUGCUUGCUGGGGAGACCAUGGAUUCAUUCAGCAAGGGCAGUGCCUUCAUCAUUGCAUCAGAAGUUGAAAUUAGUGACAGAAGGCCGGUUAGUUACGAUCGACGCUGAGGAAGACAUCAUUGCAUCGGUAACCAGUGACGCACCAUAUUUGGGAACAGAUGAUGAGGCAAUCGAAUUUUCCUUUUGA